UUCUUUCUUAGUCUGUCUUCUGCUACUCACAUACACACAGCUCACACCCAUGCUACAUCACCACUGAAAGGAAAGCUCAGCUCUGUGAGGAGGAGGCAGAAGCCUGUGCAUUUUUGUUCAGCCUUAGUGCUGGGAUUGGUCAGAUAAAUGGCAGAGAAAGAAGCUCCUACAAACCUGACCUGGAAGAGCAUGAUGGAGAUCCCAGCCCUUGGUCGUCCCUUACAUCUGGGAACACUAUAUGAUUGUCGCUCAGAUACCCUCAUCCCUGGUGUCACUUUAUGGGACAAGGAGACUCUAAAGAGAAAUGUGACCACAGAAGAUCAAUACAAGACUGAGUUUGACAUCAUCACCUCUGACUCCAUGGAGGAAAAGACCAAUGCCAUGAACAUCACUGGAGAGCUGAAAGCAAGUGUCCUUGGGGGCCUGGUUGAAAUAGGAGGCUCUGGCAAAUAUUUAUGUGAUACCAAGACCUCCCAACAGCAAGCCCGGGUCACUCUCAAGUACAGUAUGACUACCCAGUAUUCCCACCUAACAAUGAGCCACCUGGGAGAUGAGAAUAUUUCCUACCAUGAUGUGUUUGAUAAUGGAACUGCCACCCAUGUGGUCACUGCAGUGCUCUAUGGGGCCCAGGCUUUCUUUGUGUUUGAUCAAAAAGUUUCCUCCAAUAAAAAUGUCAAGGAAUCCGAAGGAAUGUUGAAAGCUGCUAUAACGAAGAUUCCCCUAGUAUCAGUACAAAUUGGGGCAGAGAUCAAAAUGGAAGAGAGAGACAUAAGAUCAACUAAAGGGUUCAGCUGUAAAUUUUAUGGGGAUUUUGUUCUUGAGACCAAUCCAGUGACUUAUGAAGAUGCAGUACGAGUCUAUGCCUCCCUUCCUAAGUUGCUUAGGGGCUGUGGGGUACCCCUCAAAGUCUGGAUGUACCCUCUGGAGAAGCUGAGCUCCAAGGCUGCCAGGCUGGUUCGAGGGAUCAGCAUGAGCUUGGUAUGGGAAGCCCAGGACACUCUGGAGAAAUUAUGUGAAUGUGACAUGAGGUGUAAUGACAUGCUGGAGGCACCAGAUCUCUCAGUCUUUUCUGCAACCAAGGAAAAGAUCAGGCUGUUCCAGGAGUUAAAUAGGCAGCACAAACAGCUUUUACAGAAGAAAAUAGCCAAGGUACUACCCUUGAUCCGGGCGGGCAGAGCAGAGGUAGAUGAGCUAACCAAUAUUUUAUCUAGGGAAAGCCAGUCCCCAUUCAGCACCAGGAGGCACUCAGAAUUUCUAGGUGAGAAGCUCUUUGAGAUGAGGGUGAUAAAGUACUACCUCACCCUUCUGAAGGAGCUGCAGGUCGUAGCUGACCAGAAUGAAUUAGACAGUGUAAUAUUAGGCUCUCCCCACAGAUUUGUCCUGGUGUUUGCAUUCACCUCCUUGCAGGAGGAAUCCUACUUAGCAGAUUGGAAACAGUGGCUUCGGGAUCCAGCAUCAUUCACUCCUGACUGUGAGCAAAAGAUUUAUUCCUCAUGGGUGAAGGACACAGAGACAAGGAGAAAAGCCAUACAAUUGGCAGAAUCCUUUUCAGCAUUUGCCAGGACCAAUCAUUCCAUGGAGAAGACUCGUUUCAUUGUGGCAUCUGUCCCAGACCAGGAGAAGCAGAUGCAGGGGGUCUCCAUUUAUCUUUAUGCAAAUGGACUGCAGGUCAGCUCCAACUUUGAGUUUCCAGUCAAACCUCCUCCUCCCCAGAUAGCAGAGAUCACAAAAGACAGUGUUGAGCUCAUACUAAUCCCAUCAUGUGAGAGCAAGGAGAUCACUGGCUAUCAGGUAGAGUACCAGGUUCUAGGGGAAGAGGAUUGGACUGUCAUCCCUGUGUCUGGAAAACCAGAGGUCCUCAAAGUGAAUGGCCUUGAGCCUUGCACAGAUUAUGUGUUUAGAUGUGCUGAGGUUUAUGAGCUGGGACUCAGUGAGAGCAGUGAUAUGAGCAUUGCUGUGAAGACACUUCCCUCACCCUGCCAUCCUGGGAAGCCAAAGGUUUUUAUUGCAGGAACAGAUUAUGUAAUCCUAGUCUGGCCGUGGGCAGAUUUUUGUGGAGUACAUGACAAGAUCAAGGAAUAUAAAAUAGAGUAUAAAGAGGAAGCUGAGGCUGCAGAUGAAGAGGGGAAAGGAAAAUGGUAUGAACACAGAACAGGAUAUAAUGUGAAUUUUUGGGACAUUCAUGGAUUGACUCCUGGGACUGUAUACAGGUUCCAAGUUUCUGCUGUGUAUGAUGGUGGCUGGAUUAGUCAGUGCAGUGAAAAGAGUGACCCAGUGAGAACCCUGUCUACCAAAAAUGAAGCUUCAGCUGUAGGUGAUGUUCUCCAUCUGAUAUUCACUUUAUUAUACCAACCAUUCAGAUCACAGCAGAGGAGGAAGACUUAAAGGACUCAUAACUUCAUUUUAUUCUUAAUCAUUAUUUUUCUAAUCAAAUCCUAAGCAAGUGUUUGAGGAGGAAGAAAAA